AUGUCUGCAACCGAGACGAUCACCAUUCCCGUCCAGCCUGAUAUCCAGUAUCACCCAGAAUACGAGAAAUACAAAGAGCGCACUCGUCGCCGCAAGGAGAAUGAGACUCUACAGACCACAUUACCUGAGGGUUUCCCGCAGCAGCUGGUAUCACCCUUAGUAUGGGAAGGCAAGGAUGUUGAGAAACGCGAUGACUGGGUUUAUCAGUUGAGCAAUAAUCAGUUGGAUGAAAUAGAUACUGCUCUGAAAGCCUUCAGCGCCCUCGACGUUCCUCUGGGACAUAUAAACCAGUCAACUUUUCCCCUACCAACCCUUCGACCAACUCUGCGAGAGUUAUCCAAGGCAAUCCACACUGGCCGAGGCUUCGUCGUUCUCCGAGGCCUGCGCGUUGAUCAUUACUCCCGCGAAGACAAUAUAAUCAUCAUCUACACUGGAGUAUCAUCUCACAUUGGAAGUAUCCGCGGUCGCCAGCAGGAUACCCGACUAGCCAAUGGCCGCUCGCCCGUAAUAUCACACAUCAAAGACCUGACCAGUACAACUGAGAGUGAGACGAUCGGUGCGCCAUCCAACACGGCCGAUAAGCAAGUCUUCCACACCGAUGCUGGCGAUAUAAUCUCACUACUGUGUCUCAAUCGAGCAGCGGAAGGAGGCGAGAGCUACUUGUCUAGUAGCUGGAAGGUGUAUAAUAUCCUAGCUAAGGAGAGACCGGAUCUUAUUCACACUUUGUCUCAGGACUGGCCAGUUGAUGGCUUCAACAACCCUUCUAAGCCCUAUACCCUCCGCCCUUUGCUGUACCACCAAUUAGCAACGGGAAAUACACCCGAGCGUGUCCUAAUCCAAUACGCCCGCAGGUAUUUUACUGGUUUCUUGGCUCAGCCCCGGUCAAAGGAUAUCCCCCCAAUCUCAGAGGCUCAAGCCGAGGCACUCGACGCGCUGCACUUCUUGGCGGAAGAGCAUAGAGCCUCCCUCGAUUUUCAGAAGGGCGAUGUUCAAUAUGUGAAUAAUCUGAGUAUAUUCCAUGCUCGAAAUGGAUUUAGGGAUGAAUCUGGUCAAGAGCGUCAUCUAUUGAGGCUCUGGCUACGAGAUCCCGAAAAUGCAUGGGAAACACCUCGGCAGCUGCAGCAUCGCUGGGAUACAGUUUUCAAGGAUGUUGCGGAGGACGAGCAGACUUUCCCAUCGGAGCCUGCUCUUCGUGAGAAUAUUGGGUCUUGA